UAGCUCAUUUUCUGUUUAUCUCUAACCGAAUUAACACUGCUUCAAAAUGAGUUCAGAAAAGUGGGAGAACAAUGAGGAAAUUAAAAUAUUUCGGGAAUACUUGCGUAUACCGACCGUACAUCCUGAUGUUGAUUACACCGCUUGUGUGGAGUUUCUUAAGCGUCAGGCAGGCUCUUUGAAUCUUCCUGUGGAGGUGGUCUAUCCAGCCGUUCAAUCGAAGCCUGUGGUGAUCAUUAAGUGGCCAGGAACUCAGCCAGAGCUGCCCUCGAUUAUUCUCAACUCCCACACGGAUGUGGUUCCCGUAUUUCGUGACAAGUGGACCCACGAUCCCUUUGCCGCCGACAUGGAUGAGAAGGGCAGGAUCUUUGCUCGGGGCACGCAGGACAUGAAGUCAGUUGGCACUCAGUAUCUGGGUGCCAUUCGCCUGCUCAAGGCCAGCGGUUUCCAGCCCAAACGAACCUUGUACGUGACCUUUGUUCCCGACGAGGAGAUUGGAGGUAGCCUUGGCAUGGCGGAGUUCGUUAAAACGGAUUACUACAAGCAAAUGAAUGUGGGAUUCAGCCUGGACGAAGGAGCCACCAGCGAGAGUGAUGUGCACCAUUUGUUCUACGCCGAGCGAUUGCGAUGGGGUCUCAAAUUGAAAGUCAGUGGAACUUCUGGCCAUGGAUCGCUGUUGCUGCCCAACACUGCCGGCGUGAAACUCAACUAUGUGCUGAAUAAGAUGACCGACUUCCGCACAUCGCAGGUGGAGAGCCUGGCAAAGGAUUCUAGCCUCAGCAUAGGCGAUGUUACCACCGUGAAUCUCACCCAAUUGAGUGGCGGAGUGCAGAGCAAUGUGGUGCCACCGCUUUUCGAGGCGGUCUUCGACAUGCGAAUCGCCAUUACUGUGGAUGUGGUUGCUUUCGAGAAGCAGAUUCGCGACUGGUGCGAGGAAGCGGGUGGCGGCAUUGAGAUUGAUUUCUUCCAGAAGGAACCUUUUAUUGGUCUCACCAAGCUGGAUGAUUCGAACCCGUACUGGUUAGCUGUUAAAGCCGCGAUUGAUGAACUGGGCUUGAAGAUACAUCCCAUCGUUUGCCCUGGUGCCACCGACAGCCGUUUUAUUCGGCAGAAGGGAACCCCUGCAAUUGGAUUUUCACCCAUUAUCAACACAACCAUGCGAAUCCACGACCACGAUGAAUUUCUACAGGCUGACGUCUACUUUAAUGGAAUUGAAGUGUACAAGAAGAUUAUUCGCAAUCUGGCACAAGUCUAAUAAAACCAUAUUAUAUGCAAAGUGAAUCGUUAUCAGAGGUGGUCUGAUUCUUAAAA